AAAAAACAUGGAAUUCGAGAAGAGGAAAGCCGCGACACUAGCCUCAAUCCGGUCCUCAGUAACCGACAAAUCUCCAAAAGGCUACCUCGACGAGCCCAUCCUUCCUCUCCUCGAAACCAUCAACCACCACCCUUCCUACUUCACCACCAGCUCCUGCUCAGGCCGAAUCUCAAUCCUCUCCCAACCCACCAAACCCCAAUCAACAAACCCUGCAACCAAGAAGAAAGCUCGCGGCGGGUCGUGGCUCUACAUCACGCACGAUCCAGCAGAUCCGGAGUCAGUACUUGACCUCCUCUUCCCUCCACACUCAACUCAGAUUCUUGAUCAGCCCAGCGAGCUGGUCUUCCGAUUCGAGCCGUUGAUUAUUGCGGUGGAAUGCAAGGACGUGUGUUCGGCUCAGUUUCUAGUGGCGACUGCGAUCUCGGCCGGGUUUAGAGAGUCGGGGAUUACGUGUUGUGGGGAGGGUAAAAGGGUAAUUAUAGCUAUACGGUGUUCGAUUCGGAUGGAGGUGCCGUUGGGUGAUACGGAGAAGGUUAUGGUUUCGAGGGAGUAUGUGAGGUUUCUUGUUGAUGUUGCGAAUGAGAAGAUGGUUGCUAAUAGGAAGAGGACUGAUGGGUUUGGUUUAGCUUUGUUAAAUAACGGUUUCAAGAAUCCAGAUGAUGCUAAUGAUGUGGAUGAAGAUGAUAAUUUCGAGAAACUAGCUGGAAAUGACGAUUCAAGCAUUAACAAUGGUGACUUGCAUACUGGGCCUCAUCAAGAUCUUAUGCCACUCUCAGCAAUAUCCAUCACCGGGGAACCUGUUGAGAAGCUUCACCUUUGGGGACAUUCAGCUUGUACCAUAAAUAAAACAGACCGGAAAGAAGUUAUUGUGUUCGGUGGCUUUGGAGGUUUUGGUAGACAUGCUCGAAGAAACGAGUCAAUGUUGCUUGACCCUUCAUGCGGAACUUUAAGGUUGGUCACAGUCAAUGAUUCUCCAUCACCACGACUUGGACACACGGCUUCAAUGGUUGGUGAUUGCAUGUUUGUUGUUGGAGGAAGAGCUGAUCCGUUGAAUAUUCUGAAUGAUGUGUGGAUGCUUGAUAUAUCUAAAAAUCAAUGGAGCCCACAGAGAUGCAUUGGAUGUGAAUUUCCUCCAAGGCAUCGGCAUGCAGCAGCAAGUGUUGGCUCAAAUGUAUACAUAUUCGGGGGACUUAACCAGGAUACGAUAUUAUCCUCGUUGCACCUUUUGGACACCAAGAACCUUCAGUGGAAAGAAAUUGAACAGAGAGGUCAAUGGCCAUGUGCGCGCCACUCUCAUGAUAUGGUUGCAUAUGAGUCUCAGUUAUUCAUGUUUGGAGGAUACAAUGGUGAAAAGGUACUCGAUGAUCUAUACAGCUUUGACGUCGAAAGCUGUUCUUGGAAACUUGAAGUGGUUUCAGGAAAAUGGCCUCAGGCCAGGUUUUCACACUCGAUGUUUGUGUAUAAACAUGUUAUUGGCAUAAUUGGAGGCUGCCCCGUUUCACAAAAUUGUCAUGAUUUGGUUCUGUUAGAUUUGAAGCACCGAAUGUGGAGGAGUGUGAGACUGGACUUUAUGAACAAAGAAUUGCUUGUUCGAAGUACAGCUAGUGUAAUUGGCGAUGAUCUUAUCGUAAUUGGAGGCGGAGCUGCUUGUUAUGCAUUUGGAACAAAGUUCAGUGAACCAGUGAAAAUCAACUUGCUUCAGUCAGUGACUAUGAGUGAAAAUUAUGUUGCUCCCCAACACGAAGAUGCUUCUAUAGAAGUGAAGACUGAAGCUUCUCUGUCUCAACCGUGGGUCUUACAGUUAGAAAGAAAGUAUGCAAAGUCUGGCAAGGACAUACUUAAAAACUUUGGAUGGUUAGAUCUUGAAAGGAAGGUUUAUUCACACGAAAAAGGUAUUUAUAUAUGCUUCCCAGUGACUGAAAAGUUCUCUGAGCUUUUCCAUGAGAAGCAGCUUGUGGGCAAGGACUUAGAAGGGUCAGAAGAUAAUCACCUUACCAGCAAGCUCACUAAGGGUCUUUCAUUGAAGGAAAUAUCCAGCUCUAUGGCUUUGGAUCUAUUGAAGGAACUCGGUGCUAAAAAAUUCACUAAUGUAGCUGUUGAAGCCAAAAAAUUAGCAAAGUCUCCCUUACAAAAAAUGAAAGAAGCUAUCACGUCUAUACUUAAACAAAAAGGUCUACCAGAGGAGCUUUUGGAUGAGCUUCCACAGAAAUGGGAACGGCUUGGAGAUAUUGUGGUACUUCCUGUAACAUCUUUUAAAGAUCCAGCUUGGAGCUCUAUAAGUGAGGAAGUUUGGUCUGCUGUUGCUGUUUCCCUUAGUGCCAACCGUCUUGCACGCCAAGGACGUGUGGAAGCCAACGGUACAAGGGAUAGUACAUUGGAGAUACUUGUGGGAGACGAUGGAUGGGUGGAUCAUCGUGAAAAUGGGAUCUUGUACUCUUUUAAUGCUACCAAGUGCAUGUUCUCAUGGGGCAAUCUCUCAGAAAAGCUCCGUAUGGGUAGCAUGGCCUGCGAAAAUGAAGUUGUGGUGGACCUGUUUGCUGGAAUUGGAUACUUUACUCUCCCCUUCCUUGUGAGGGCAAAGGCAAAGAUGGUAUAUUCUUGUGAAUGGAAUCCUCAUGCUAUUGAAGCACUUCGACAUAACGUUGAAGCAAAUUCUGUUUCUGACCGUUGUAUCAUUCUUGAAGGGGAUAACAGGAUCACUGCACCCAAAGGAGUAGCUGACAGAGUCUGUCUUGGUCUUAUCCCAACUAGCGAGGGAAGCUGGGUCACAGCUAUUCAAGCGUUAAGGCCAGAAGGAGGAAUACUCCAUGUGCAUGGGAACGUGAAGGACUCAGAUGUGAGCAGUUGGGCCGAGCAUGUAUCCAAAUCAUUAAAUGAUAUCGCCAGAGCCGAAGGUCAUAGCUGGGAAGUUACAGUACAACAUAUAGAGAAAGUGAAAUGGUAUGCUCCUCGGAUUCGCCAUCUUGUAGCCGAUGUGAGAUGCAGAUGAAAAUGAUUAUUACAGCAAAAGGCAUCCCAUUGUAUUGUGUAACUUGUAAGAUCUCAGUUUUGAUGCAGGUUCUCACUUUCUGAGACAUUGAUUUCACUAGCUUAACCAGUUAUAUGUACCGGUACCAACUGUUACAUUUUUGGGUUGGUACCAACUGUUACAUUUUUGGGUU